AUGACAGCUGUGCCCUGCGGAGCAUUUCCGUGGCAGCCCACCGACGCCACAGUCGACUGUGACUACGACUACACCGGCUCCAUUAGAUACUACGACUACACGUCUCGCACUAACUUCUUCCCAAGAGGCCGCUGCUCCGUCACGUGUUCAAACAACGUGACGGUGGCGGGGGCAUCUUACCUGUCUCCUGAUGGAGGAAACUACUACUACUGCCACCCGGAUAUGUCAACAUGGUUAGGAAUUGAACCAACCUGCCAAGAGAAGCCGUGUGGAGACUUCCCUUGGGACACCGCUGAUGUUACAGUGGACUGCAACUACGACUACAGUAGGACAUUGACUUGGCCCGACGUGGUGUACUUCCGCGGUAGUUGUCGUGUCUCCUGCCUAAACGCGACCCUGCUUGUCGGCCCGCCGGGGGAUGAAAUAGAUUACCGCUGUAGCGUCAACAACGCCAGCUGGACCGGUAGUGAGCCUGUCUGUAUCGGUAGGUUCGACAACACUACAGUAACAGAGAGCGCGGUGAACAGAGUCCGGCUGGUGGGGGGAGACUUCUACGGUUGCGUGGAGCUGUACGAUAACGUCACACAGCAGUGGGGACCUGUCGUCGGGUACAGUAUCUGGGACGUGUGGGAGACCAAGAUGGCCUGGGCUGACCUAGCCUGUAGGGACGUCGGGUUUACUGGAAGUUUGGCCACUCACGGGUUCCCUACAGGCCGAACUUGGCCCGAAACAAUGUCAAGCCAAUUUUCCCCCUCCUACUCCAGACCUAGCGAGACCGGGCCGAACUUCUGA